CCCAUAUUGUCCAGCAAUCCUCAUGAUAUGGUAGUUCAUAAUGCAAUGCACAAUAAUCGCUCUUCGGCAAAGAAUACGUAGUCUCUGUACACUGCAACAUGACAGCCUGUUACGGUGCUCAUAUCAGCUAAGGCACCAAACAAGUUAUGCACGAGUUGCUGGAUUGGAGCAUGCGCUGGAUUUAGUGGCGACGGCCUCUGCGCCAAGCCAAGAUGACCACGAUAAGCGCGUCCGGCUCAUCAAGGACAUCCACGAGUCGCUCCAGCGCCUUGACCGUGCCGAGAACCUGCGAAUAGUGCCUUUCGGGUCCUUUGUGUCGUCCUUUUACGACUCGAAAAGCGAUCUCGACUUGGCCGUCUGUGGCUCAGUACCACCACCGACGAGAAGGGACGAGGAGAAGUUAAGGGAUGACCGGCGCAGCGAAAGCCAACGCGAUGUGGGCAUUCCCCUGCACAAGCUGCACAGAGCGGAGCGCAGCAAGCUGCUGCGCGGCGUGGCCAACCAGCUCCUAGCUGAUGGCAUCGCAGCCCCAGACAGCACGAUCUUCCUGCUGCAUGCGCGCGUGCCGCUGAUCAAGUUCACGGACCAGCGCAGCGGCAUCGCGGUGGACUUGUGCCUGGGAAGCGAUGACGUGGCCUUCAAGGCUUGGAGUGUGGCGCAGGUUGCCAGCAUCAACCCCGCGUUUGGCAAGCUGUUCCGAGUGGUCAAGGUGUGGGCCAAGGCUCACGCCAUCAACGACGGUGCCGCGCACAUGUUCAACAGCUGGUGUCUCACGCUGGUGGUGAUGUUCUUCCUGCAGCGGCACCCGCAGCACCGGCCGCUGCUGCCGCCGCUACACGCGCUGCUGCACGACGAGGUGCCGGAGGUGGAGACGCCGCGCAUGAUGCAGAAGGGGGUGGCCAUGUCGGCAAUGCGCUGCAGGAAGGUGAUGGCCUGCAUGACUCGGCGGGUGGUGGCGGCGCGGGAGGUGUACGGCGAGCGGCCCUGCCAGCCGCUGGACGAGCUGUUCGCGGACUUUGUGGAGGACGGCGGGCGGAUGCUGCGGGGGCUGCUGGCGGGGGAGGAGCCGUUCAAGAGGGGCGUCCGCAUCAGCGCCUUCUACGGCGAUUUCCGCGACCAGCGGCCGUACGACAAGGCGUACUACAUCUUCGUGGAUGAUCCGUACGACAGUUCGGACAACACGGCACGGACGCUGCGGAGACCGGGUCGAACCAUGGAGUACAUCCUCUCGGUGUUCGAGCGAACAGCCAGACGCCUGGGACGCGACGUGCGGCCCUCCACCCAAGCCUCCUCAUCCGAAGAAGCGGUCAACACUGCCUCCAGCGGGGGCAAUGAGCGGACGUCGCCGGCGGAUGCGGACCUUGCUAUGACCUCCUCGGGAGCUAGCACCAGCGCUUCGGAGCUGCCCGGGCUCCCGUCUGCAUCCCCCACAUCCGCACCCCCGUCACCACCCUCAUCUUUUUCAUCCUCCGCCUCGCCUCCCUCCCUGGCCGCCACCCUGGCCUUCCUGUUCGGUCCCGAGCUGCUGUCCCGCCUGCCGCACCUGAGCCCGCAGCUGCUGGGGCCACAGCUGGAUGAGUGGGCGCGGGCGGGCAUCCGAGCGGGCAGGCCGGCGGGGGAGGUACACGAGGUCAUGCUGCGGCUACUGGGGGCGGAAGGAGACUUUGAGUCCUUCGAUUCCUUCAAGCGACGCCAUAAGAUUAAGGUGUUUAACGAAGACAAGUAUGCAACACCGGAGGAAAAGGAGGCGGCAGCGGCCCUGGAGGAGGAGCGGCAGGCGGCGAAGAGGGAAAAAAUGGAAGCCAGGAGAGAAAGGUUGGCAGCCAGGAGAGAGAAGUUUUUACGCGAGCGGGAGGAGAGGGCGGCCAAAAGAAAUCAGCUCCAGCACGAGCAGGCGAAUGCGGACAAAGCGGUGCUGAGUGAAGCGGAGCUGGCGGAGGAGGAGGCGCAGCGGCAGAGCCAAGCGGUGGUUGCGAGCAUCUUGGCGGCGGCAGCGGAGGCGAGGCAGCAGGUUGUUGCCGACGUCUCGGAGCCCCUGCUGGCGCCUCCGCCGCCGCCGCCGGAGCAGCAGCGGCAUGCCGUGGAGUGCACCCACCUGUCGCACCCAAGUCCGGAGCUGCAGGGGCCGCAGUUGGACGAGCGGGUGGUGGAGGUGCACGAGACCAUCAUGCCCCAACAGCUGGAAGCGGCGGAAGACGUCGUGUCCUCCGGCUUCAAGUCCUCAACUCCUCCAGGCGGCGCCUCCUCCAAGGUUGACUCCUCCAAGCCGCGCCAAGGCGUUAAGGCGUUGACCGAUACCAAGCAGCCAUCGCCAAAGGAAAAGGAGGCGGCAGCGGCACUGGAAGAAGAGCGGCGGGAGAGGACGCGGGCGAAGUUGGCAGCCAAGAAGAGGCUCAAGCGCCUGCAGUCAACGGGGAACAAACCGGUGGCGAGUGGAACCGAGCAGGCGGCGCAUAGGGUGGCUGCAUCGGAGGCCGGCAAGAAGGUUGUUCCCGAGGCAAUGAAGCCCCGGGUUGCACCGUCGCCGUCGCGGCGGCAGCAACAGCGGCAGGCUGUGGAAGACACGUCGGCUGGAACCAAGCGUAAGACUUCGGCUGUUGCGUAGUGAGCAGCUUGACAGGCCUGUCCCGAGCUGCUUCCUCGCAGCAGGGCCGUGGUGCGAUGGUUACGCAGCAGAGGGAGUGGGUGAGGCCUGCAUGCGAUACGCGUGUGAUGGAGGGCCAUUGAUUGGGCGGGCUGGUCUUUGUAGUGGUUUAAUGUGAAGCGGCGGUGAUUGCUACAGCGCCGGAAAGACAGUUCGUAGUGAGUUGGUUGGCCUGAACGCUGUUGAGUGACGGCCUGGAUGACAUAACACUGACGUGCUACGCAACAUUUCCUUACACCGACAUGCAUACCAUUGACUUACAAUGGACUUAUGACGGCUGCGGCAUUGCAUCUUCAGAUUGAGGCUGGCCAGGACGUGAUAUGUGUGCUCAUCAUGACACCCCACGUGGGAGGAGGAAAGCGCAGGUGCAGGGGGUGCCAUGAAGAAUAACAGUCAUACCCCAUAAGGUACCCGCAUGAAUUGCGGGUCGCAUGCGGUAAUAGCUUGCGGG